GUAUGCGUGCGAGCUAUACUCGCUGCUGCACUCUGGCCCUCUCCUUCUUCUCCGCGCGGUUUUCUCUGUCGCUCCUGCAUAUGCUCGACUCGCCGCUCGCGAUGCAUUGUGAGCGUGUGUGUGUUCGUGUAUACUUAUAGAGCGGGUUAACUGUGACGGUGCGAUGCUCAUCGGUCGUAUUGUGCGCGACUCGCGAGAGAGAUUUUUUUUCCCGCUUCGAGGGAAACGGUGACGCGCGGAUGGCGCGGUGCGGGACGUGCUCUCGGACGUGGUGGAGAACACUGGACACUGGACAAGGACUCGGAGGUGCGACUGCAGCCAGCGGAUUGGAUCAUGGGAAGCGGCUACGUGUUGGCGAAGAUCCUGAUUCUUUUCCAGGUGCUUUACGAAACUUCAGUCUUCGAUCACAAUUCGCUUACUUUUGUAAGUGGGUUCGGAGGGAUCCCUGAGGUAGUAAAGCAUUUUGGAAGAUUUCGAUCAGGAUUCGAGUCAGCUGAGAUAGUUCGCAGACGGAAAUUCAUUGCAACAAUUGAGUAUACAUCAUACUUGAAGAAUAUUCACUCAGGGUGAUGUGCAGAUGCAGAACUUCCAUCGUUUAGAAUACCUUCGAGGAGAUCUUCAAGGUGUCAAAGACGCGCCAAGCAGCAUGUUCGCGAAAGCAGUAUCGAGCUGGCAGAGUAGAGGGGUCGGAAGCAGCGAACGACGGCGACGACGAGGACGACGACGCCGCAUGGGGAAACAUGGUCCUUGAGGCGCUGACCGGCUUGUCUGCGGCGCAGCCAGUACGGCGCAACUACUACCAGCAGCAAUACCAGCAGUAUCGUCAGGAUCACUUCUACCACUACGACAUAUCACAGGGUUAUAGGCUGCUGCUGCUACUCGGGCUAGCGCUCAGCUGCCUCGGACCAAGCGAUCGGCCGACUGGUGGUGCGCGAGCCGAGGUUCUCAGUCUGAACUCCAACACACUGGACAGGACAGCAAAACCUGUCGAUGUGACGUUGCCGCCCACGCUGCCUAUGACCUUUGGCACCGAGAACUCGACCGUCAUCCAUGCACAGUCUGGAUCAACGGCACAUCUGCCCUGUGUUGUUCAUAACAUCGGAGAAGGAAUGGUGACGUGGAUUCGACGAAAGAAGGACCAUCAGCUACUGACUGUGGGCCUGACGACGUACGCGAGUGACGAGCGCUUCCAAGCCCGACACUUUCAGCACAGCGAGGACUGGACUCUACAGAUCAAGUUCGUGCAGCCAAGGGACGCCGGCAUGUACGAGUGCCAGGUCUCGACCCAUCCGCCCACCAGUAUAUUUCUCUUCUUGGAGGUCGUCGAGGCUCGAGCGGAGAUAAGCGGACCGAGCGAGAAGUUCGUCCGUCCGGGUAGCACGCUCCAGCUGCACUGCCUCGUGAAAAAGUCUACGGAGCAGCCGUCGUUCCUGUUCUGGUUCCACAACAGCCGGAUGAUCAACUACGACGUGGAGCAAGGUGUGAAUGUCAGCACGGAUCUGAUGGCGCGCGAGUCGUGGCUUGAGGUUCCGCGCGCCUCUGGACGACAUUCCGGCAACUAUACCUGCGAGGCGAGCAACGCCACGCCCGCCCGAGUCUUCGUGCACAUCUUUAACGGUGACAACCCAGCCGCAAUGCAGCAUAGCCUAGCCAGCUCUCCGUCAGUAAUAGCCUGCUCGGCGCUGAUGACCCUCAGUACCGCGUUGAAAUUAGCGCUGCAGCACGUUUACGUCUACGCGGGCAGUUAGAGGGGCCCGAGGACUCGAAUAACGUUAACGAUGAUCAGUGGAUUUUUGUAGGUUAGGUGCUAAUUGCCGGUUCUGUUUUAUCGACGGUCGGGAUGUCGCUGUUUACCGGCGGAGAUUUGUACGAUUAGUGAAAAAAUGGAGCAGCGCGUUUGGCAUGAAUGCAAAUUAAUGAAUUGAAGCUCCGUCGGUAACCCGCUUCUCCUUAAGAGGAUGUGAAAUUUAUUAGUGUUACAUUUUUUCCAGUAUUCCGUAAGUCUUAAAUCGAUUCGAUAUUAAAUAUAAUUACUUAUAAAAUCUGUCUUCCAAUAUCUGAAAUUUACUGCACAUAGAGUUAAUUCUUACAUUUACGAAUAUAGCAAACUUUUAAAUAAUAAUUUUGCGUAGUCUGAUUGUUUCGAGAAAUAUCAAUAUUUCAGUAACAUUAAGGUAUAUAUAACUAUAAGAAGUAAUGAAUUUUAAAAUUUACGAAAAUUCCGUGGUGUUCAAACUUGCUAUCAACAAUUGUCUCUGUCCAAUAUAGGUAGAUUUGAAAAAAUUGAGAAAACACUUUCACAUCUUCUUCAUUUUUACAAUUUGUUCAAACCGCACAAACGUUUUGAACAAUUUGUAAAAAUGUUAGCGUCGAUAAAGUAGGGACUAGAUAAUUCUCCGAAAUGCUCUAUAAAGAGCGUAAAAAUAUAGAAGCGUCAAAACCCUAUUAUAUACAGGAACAAUUCUUGUUAUAGUUAAAUGAAUAAUAAUUGAAAAAAAAACAAACAAAAAUAAAUCCGUUUGACUUCCAUAUGCUGGUUACUUGACGCAUUUCAAAGACUGUUUUAUCGAAUUUGCAUAAAGAGAUUGGCUAUUUAAUGUAUCUUUGCAAUGCAAUCAAUAAUCAGUAUAGGAAAGCCAGACAAUCACAAGAUAACAAGACAACGUGUAUAAAUUGGUGAAUUAAUUUGUAAAAUGUUUCGUCGGUAAGUUAGCAGUAUAGUCUGUAAAGCAGUAUAGCGUCGAUGUUUCGCGUCCUUUAAACUUCUACUGUAGCCAAAAGUACUAAACUAUGUAUGUACACGGAAUCUACACUGUUUUUUAACAACACGAACUUUCAAAGAAAGUAAUAUCUUUAAAAUUUCAUCAACAUUCCAUCUUAACACUAAACACACCGAAUUUACAACUUUAACAGUAAGAUAUGCUGCUCGUCCUUGCCACCAGUCAGUUAUCAAAACAGCCACAUCCUUACCUCUCGAAAUCCUGAUAAAUUUUCCGUUUUCUCAAAUCAAUUUUUCCUCUCGAACUUCCCAAAUAAAAAGGCAUUCGACGUAUGAUUGAAGUGCCAGAGCCACUUACCGAUUGACGAUUUUAUCAAUAAGAUUGAAUCUGGCCUCGAGCAUUUCUGGUGCAACCGAAAAUUGAUCAACUCCUCUAAUCGAAAAACUCGCAAGAAAAAAAAA